UCGGGGCCUGCUGUGUUGGGAACUGGAGAAACCUACAAGGCAGUAGAGACUCUACAGGAGUGGGUAAUUCACUGGUCCAUAAGCGGUCUCCUCUACGUCGAAGCCAGAAGACCUCAGCAUCCUUGACCAAGCUGUCUGUGCGUGAUGGACAGAAACCUAAAAAGCCACUGUGUAAAUUUGAAGAAGGUCAGGAUGUCCUAGCUAGAUGGUCAGAUGGCUUGUUUUAUCUUGGAACUAUCAAAAAGAUAAACAAACUGAAACAGAACUGCUUUAUUAUAUUUGAAGACAGUUCCAAAUCCUGGGUUCUCUGGAAGGACAUACAAACAGGAGCCACUGAGAGUGGGGAAAUGGUCUGUACAAUAUGUCAGGAAGAGUAUUCAGAAGCACCAAAUGAAAUGGUUAUAUGUGAUAAAUGUGGUCAAGGUUAUCAUCAGCUGUGUCACACACCAAAUAUUGAUUCCAGUGUGAUUGAUUCAGAUGAUAAAUGGCUCUGUCGACAGUGCGUUUUUGCAACAACAACAAAGAGAGGUGGUGCGCUUAAGAAAGGACCAAAUGCCAAAGCACUGCAAGUCAUGAAACAAACAUUACCAUAUAACGCAACAGACCUUGAGUGGGAUGCAGGUCAUAAAACCAAUGUCCAGCAGUGUUACUGCUAUUGUGGAGGACCUGGAGACUGGUAUCUAAAGAUGCUGCAGUGCUGCAAAUGUAAGCAGUGGUUUCAUGAGGCUUGUGUGCAGUGCCUCCAAAAGCCAAUGCUCUUUGGUGACAGGUUUUAUACGUUCAUUUGCUCAGUUUGCAGUUCUGGACCAGAAUACCUCAAACGUUUACCCUUGAGAUGGGUAGAUAUAGCACAUCUAUGCCUUUACAACCUAAGUGUUAUUCAUAAGAAGAAAUACUUUGAUUCAGAACUUGAACUCAUGGCAUACAUUAAUGAAAACUGGGAUAGAUUGCAUCCUGGUGAGCUGGCAGAUACACCAAAAUCUGAAAGAUAUGAGCAUGUACUGGAGGCAUUAAAUGAUUACAAGACCAUGUUUAUGUCUGGAAAAGAAAUAAAGAAAAAGAAACACUUAUUUGGCUUGAGAAUUCGUGUUCCUCCUGUGCCACCAAAUGCUGCUUUAAAAGCUGAGAAAGAACCUGAAGGAACAUCUCAUGAGUUCAAAAUUAAAGGCAGAAAGUCGUCUAAACCCAUUCCUGAUGUGAGGGAAUUAAGUAAUGGUAUAGAAAGAAAGGGGAAAAAAAAAUCAGUAGGUCGUCCACCUGGUCCCUAUACAAGAAAAAUGAUUCACAAAACUCCAGAGUCGACUCCUCUGGAUAAUGAACCAGUUCCAGUGAUGGACAACCCAGCCUUGGAAUUACCUUGUUCUGUUGGGAAAUCUGAUGGGACUGCGCAUUCAUCCAAUACCUCAGAUGUGGAAUCCACAGGUGCUGCCAGUAUGAAAGAAACUACCUCAUCUAGCAUUUCCAGACAUUAUAGUUUAUCAGACUCGAGAAAAAGGACUCGUACAGGAAGAACUUGGCCUGCUGCAAUACCACAUUUGAGAAGAAGAGGUCGCUUUCCACGAAAAGCACUCCAGACUCAGAAUUCAGAAAUUGUAAAAGAUGAUGAGAGCAAAGAAGAUUAUCAGUAUGAUGAACUCAAUACAGAGAUUCUUAACAAUUUAGCUGAUCAGGAAUUACAGCUCAAUCAUCUAAAGAACUCAAUUACUAGUUAUUUUGGUGCAGCAGGUAGAAUAGCUUGUGGUGAAAAAUACCGUGUUUUGGCUCGUCGGGUGACACUUGAUGGAAAGGUGCAGUAUCUUGUGGAGUGGGAAGGAGCAACUGCAUCCUGACUGUAGGACUGAACAUUAUGUUCACUGCACUGUCAUCUGUAAGUACAGUUCAUAAUGCAGAGCCACGAGCAAAGUGUGUCUUUAAUGUGUUUCUCAAAACAAAACAAAACCAAUUUAGCCUUAACAUGUAAUUGUAUCGUUACAACUCUUGUGAUAAAGACUUAUCUUUUUAAAAUCUGAUCUGAAACUUAAAUUUUUUAAUCUGAACAUUGUUAGAUUGUUUUAGGUUGGGAUAUUUUGGGUUACAAUUGCUUAAAAAUGUGCAUGGUGUUUAAAAAAAAAAAAAAAGACGUUUUCUAGAGAACAUUCCAUGGAUACAGUUAUUGUGAUUUAGAAAAAAUACUAUGUAGAUAGCACAAAUCUUUGAAAAAUUUUGGUUUGUUUUCUUACCCAAAUGUUUGCAGAAAUGUAUUUCUAUUUCAAUACUUUCUAGAUUUCAUAAGUGCAGUGUAUAUAAUGCCUACUGAAGACUGUAAAAUACUGAAGUUUUCUUUGAAGCAAAGUGUAAAAAAAAAAAAAAGAAAAAAAGAAAAAAGAAAAAAAAAAGAAAAAAUAUAUUGAGCCUGUAAAUUGCUCUGUGACCAGACUUCAUUGUCUUCUUAAUAUAUUCUUUGUGUGUGUGCGUGUGUGCCUAUGUGUGUGUAUAUACAUAUGUAUAUAUGCGCACACAUACUUGUGCGUGUGUAUAUAUGUGUGAUUGUGACCUAUGCAAUACAAAUUAUGGGAUUUGGCAGCUUUUGAGUAUACAUCCCAUAAUUCUUUUAUCAGGAAUAGUUGCCAGUAUUUACACAGCAGCAUUUCUUCUCAGGCUAAUUGGGUGCUGUUGCUUUCUGUAUACUAAGGAAAAGUGUCAAACUAGUGCAGUGUGUUCUGGCAGUGGGUGCAGUCGUUGAUAUUCAUGUGCUCUAGGUAAUAUAUUCCAUUAUUUUCUUUGUGAUUUAACUGUUAAAAAAAUAAUUUGAAAGUUCUGAACAUAAACUCUACUAAAAUAACACUUUUAUUGUGGCACAUUGAUUGUAAUUUUUGUCUCCCAGUUAUAAACUAAGUUGACAGGAGUCACACACAAGAGUCAUACAUAUAGAAACAGUCAUAUUUUGAUAAAUGUAG